CCCGCCCUGUCAACAAAAGAAGGCCACCUGUUAGCCAAAUCGACAUCGAAUAUAUCGGGGAGAGCAAAAAAAAGUCCACCCACCCCUCAGUCCCCCGGCCUCUACACACGCCCAUCAUGCUCUCCGGCAUUCAAAAUGUCCGGCAAACCGCCGCCCAGAUCCUGAAUUUCGGUCUGGUGCUCAGCACCGCCUUUAUGAUGUGGAAAGGUCUCUCCGUCCUCACCAACUCGCCCAGCCCGAUCGUCGUCGUCCUCAGUGGCUCGAUGGAACCGGCCUUCCAGCGCGGCGACCUCCUCUUCCUCCGGAACAACCAGCCCAUGCUGAACGUGGGGGAGAUCGUGGUGUAUCAGGUCAAAGAUAAGGAGAUUCCGAUCGUACAUCGGGUGGUGCGACAGUUUGGUGAUGAGUCCAACUCGAAACUCCUCACAAAAGGUGACAACAACAUCGCCGAUGAUACGGAACUCUACGCGCGCGGACAGGAUUACCUCGAUCGGGAGGAUGUCGUGGGCAGUGUGUUUGGGUACAUUCCGUUUGUCGGGUACGUGACCAUUCUCCUGUCGGAGCAUCCGUGGUUGAAGACGGUUAUGCUGGGUGUGAUGGGGGUCUUGGUGUUGUUGCAGAGGGAGUAAGUUCGGGAGUAUAUACUUGGAAACUGUAUGGGUAUGGGCCUCUUCUCUUUCCGAGCCUCUCAGGUAUGCUCUUUGAGAAAAAUUUCUGGGUUGUGCUCUUUUGGAGUUUCGGGUUGGGGUCUGGAAGGAUGAUAUGUAGGAACGACACAACAUUCGGACGCGACGCGUGCCUCGGAUCUGAGCUCAACGAUAACCGAGUGCAGGUGAACUUGGAAGGGCGAUAUUGCGAUUGCAGCUGCAAGUAAACAAUAGAAGCUUGAACCCUUGCCCACACUGCAGUAUAUCGAGGGUUCGUGGUCAAGCCAUGCUACCUUGACAAGACAUCAGACCAAGUUUACAUUGCAUUCGACUGUAAAGAAACAGGCCCCGACCACAAGGACCGAUAAAGCAUCAAUUGAC